AUGAAGUUUGGUGGAGAAGCUGAAAUUCUGGGAGUACCAGUUGACACGCUUUUUUUAAAUAAUAAUUGGGGGUCCGGCGGUUCCUGUGAUUUUCUCAUAGACGGUACAACGAAACUUAUGUUAGAAAAUAAUGAAGAAGACAUGGCGAAAGUCACGAUGGACACGUUGGACAGUUUACUACUAACAAAUAAUAACGAGUCAAACGGGAAUCUCGCCGAAUUGAAACCGCUACCACCAUUUACUGGUUACACUGGUCACUUGAGCAUUAACGGAAUCCCUGGUCAUCAUUAUCACGCUAUAGCCAAUCAACCUCCUUCGAGUCCUUCGCCUUCGUUGGAAGCAAACAAUAAUCUAACGACCGUGGCAAAUCAGAACACUUGUAACAAUUCGGUCAUGUACAAGAACAACGGAGCGACCCUAUACUACGAAGUGAGCACGACAGCUUCCUCAUCCGAUCAAGGUGUCGUGUCAUCGAGUGUCGAUUGUGUUAACGAUGUUAAGUCAGACGUAGAUUAUAAUUCGCUUUUAGCAGAUGACAUAGCUGCUAUAAUAGGUUCCGCAAUAGCGGAUACGACCGUUCCGAACGUCGUAGAUAGUUUAGACGAUCCGAACGCGUCGAGAGACAGUUGGAUGGAUUUAGAUGCUCUCAUUGACGGUGCAUGCAUAAGUGAAAACGGACAAAAAAACAAUGAAAAUUCUCAGGACUUUGUUACACCGUUGAACUGUGAAAGUGCUAGUGUCACACUACAAAAUUUAUUACAACACGGAAGUCAAUACGGCAUACACACGGAAGUUGUUAAACAAGAGCCCGCCGAUUGCAACGUGCCCAGUUCUACGAGUUACAUAAAUGGAAAAGACAUGAUGCUACCGCACACGACGAGCGGAAGUCCUCCGGGACACGUGAGCACGACGGAAAACAUACUCCUCAAUGGUAGAUACAUACAAAAUCGUAGAAAUUAUUCUACGGCUUACAGAAACGUUAAGGUACCCUCGCCGGACAUGUUGGUCAACGGUAAUUCACUGGACAACAUAGUGUCCGGUAGUGGUAUAAAUAGUAAUUUCCCACACACGACCACUAGCAAUUUACCAAAUAAAAAAUCGAGAAAUAGAAAUAAUAAGAAAAACAAUCAAAUCGUUUUCGAUGGAGUCGGAAUAUUAGGAAAGGAAAAACCCAUACACCGAUGUUCGAUAUGCAGCCGAGGUUUCCUUAACAAAAGCAACAUAAAAGUUCAUUUGAGAACUCACACGGGUGAGAAACCUUUUCGAUGUGAAGUUUGCGGUAAAGCGUUCAGACAAAAGGCUCAUCUAAUAAAACACCAACAGAUGCAUAAAAGAGUUGGCAGAGACUGA